GUCUGUGAUUGAUUGCUUUAGUCUAUAUUUUAUGUCGGCUUGUUCACAUAAAGCACCAAAAAAAAAAAGCUGUCUUCCUUUUGUUCAGCCCCUCUGAUUUCUCGGCGACAAGUCAGUUUUCUCAACUUUGGUCCUUGUUACCUUAAUCCUCACGAACUCUAGUUCCCCAUUUUCUGUUUUCCCAUUUUGGUUGAUUCUCUUGUGUUUCUGGGGUUGUUCAUGCUGCUGAUUAGUAUGGUGCCUUGAAGGUUUUGGCUUCUUGGGCACCCUCAGCUUCGGUUAUUUCAGCUGCAAGGUUCUUUUUUUAUUUUUUAUUUUUAUCUUUUUAUGCUGUGGGAGAAUUCCAUUGAGUCCUUGGAUGUUGGGGGAGAGAAUUGCUGAAAGUGGAGGCUUUGUGUUGAGGUUCUACUAGUUGUUGCAUUUGGAACUUGGCUGGGGUUGGAGACGACAAUUGGUGGCGUUUCUGGGAAAAGGGGUGAGCUUUUUGUUGAUUCUGCUCGAUGUUAUUGGAGAACUUUGUGGUUGGCACCAGAGGGAGUUCUGCAUCUUGUUGUUUGUUUCUGGGGAAGUGGUGUUGCUGUUUUUGGACUAUGAGUUGGAGUUAGAGUUGUUGUUACUGUGGAAGACUUGGGGAACAAGGUUGAAUCUUGUUGCUAGAAGAAGACCAAGUGUGAACUUGUUUGGGGUCAUCACUUUUAUAGGUGGUAAUGAAGGCUCCUCCCAAUAGUUACUUGCCAAAUUCUGGCGAAGGGGAAAGGAAGACCAUCAAUUCAGAGUUAUGGCAUGCUUGUGCUGGACCAUUGGUUUCUUUACCUCCUGUUGGAAGUCUUGUGGUUUACUUCCCUCAAGGACACAGUGAGCAAGUUGCAGCAUCCAUGCAAAAGGAGGCUGACUUCAUACCCAGUUACCCUAACCUUCCAUCCAAGUUGAUUUGCAUGCUUCACAAUGUUGCUCUGCACGCUGACCCUGAAACUGAUGAGGUCUAUGCACAGAUGACCCUUCAACCUGUAAAUAAAUAUGACAAGGAAGCAAUAUUGGCAUCCGACAUGGGUCUCAAACAAAACCAACAACCUACUGAGUUCUUUUGCAAAACUCUUACAGCUAGUGACACAAGCACUCAUGGUGGAUUUUCGGUGCCUCGUAGAGCGGCUGAGAAAAUAUUCCCACCUCUGGACUUUUCAAUGCAACCUCCAGCCCAGGAGAUUGUUGCCAAAGAUUUGCAUGACAAUACAUGGACAUUUAGGCAUAUUUAUCGCGGACAACCAAAGAGGCAUCUAUUGACUACCGGUUGGAGUGUCUUUGUUAGCACAAAAAGGCUGUUUGCUGGAGAUUCAGUUCUUUUUAUCAGAGAUGAAAAACAACAACUCCUUUUAGGUAUAAAGAGAGCUAAUAGACAGCAGCCAGCACUAUCUUCAUCAGUAAUAUCAAGUGACAGCAUGCAUAUUGGCAUUCUUGCUGCUGCAGCUCAUGCUGCUUCAAAUAAUAGCCCAUUUACUAUAUUUUAUAAUCCAAGGGCCAGCCCUUCUGAAUUUGUAAUUCCAUUGGCCAAGUAUAAUAAGGCUCUGUACAAUCAAGUUUCCCUUGGAAUGAGGUUCAGAAUGAUGUUUGAGACUGAGGAGUCAGGGGUACGCAGAUAUAUGGGUACAAUCACUGGGAUCAGUGACUUGGAUCCUGUCCGGUGGAAGAAUUCGCAGUGGCGCAAUCUUCAGGUUGGAUGGGAUGAAUCAACAGCUGGUGAGCGCCCGAGCAGGGUUUCAAUUUGGGAUAUUGAACCAGUAGUGACUCCUUUCUACAUAUGUCCUCCUCCAUUUUUUAGGCCCAAGUUCCCCAAGCAGCCAGGAAUGCCAGAUGAUGAGUCUGAUAUAGAAAAUGCUUUCAAGAGAGCUAUGCCCUGGCUUGGAGAUGACCUUGGCAUGAAGGAUGCCUCAAGUUCAAUCUUCCCUGGAUUGAGUUUGGUGCAAUGGAUGAGCAUGCAGCAGAAUAAUCAGUUCUCUGCUGCCCAACCUGGAUUUAUACCCCCAUCCAUGCUUUCAUCCAAUACACUGCAUGGUAACCUUAACACUGAUGAUCCAUCCAAACUAUUGAGCUUUCAAGCUCCUGUUCUCUCUGCACCAAAUCUUCAAUUCAACAAACCAAAUCUACCAAACCAAGUCAACCAGUUGCAACAAUCGCCAACGUCAUGGCCUCCACAACAGCAGCAACAGCAGAAACUGCAAUCAAUGUUGCAAACACCAUUAAACCAGCUCCAGCAACAGCAGCAGAGGCAACAGCAGCUGCCUGGACCACAAAACUUGUCACAACCGCAGCAACAACAACCCCAACUGCCUCAACAGAGAGCACAACAGCCACAACAGCAGCAACAGCAGUCGUGUCAACCGACCAUCAUGAACAAUGGGGCAGUUGCUUCUAACCAGAUUCCAAAUCAGUGUGUACAGCAACCAGUAACCUACUCUCAGCUUCAGCAACAGCAAUUACUCUCAGGAAGUAUCCCACCCCAACAAAGCUUUCAAUCACCCAGUAAGAAUACAUUGCUGAUGACAUCCUUACCUCAAGACUCGCAGUUUCAGCAACAAAUAGACCAGCAAGCUAGUCUCUUACAGAGGCAGCAGCAGCAGCAGCAGCAACAGACACAGUUGCAACCUUCUCCGAUGCAGUUAUUGCAACAAAGCCUGUCACAAAGGGCACCACAACAAUCCCAAUUGACUCAAAUGUCGCAGCAAAACAGCUCAGAACAACAACCACAGUUACAGUUGCUACAGAAAUUGCAGCAACAGCAGCAGCAGCAACAACUCCUUUCCACUUCUAGCCCACUUUUGCAAUCUCAGCUUCUACAGCAACAAAAUACUCAUCAACAAAACCAGCAAUUGCCACAGCUGCCUCUGUCACAGUGUCAUCAGCCUCAACAGCUAGGCAACAAUGCUUUUUCAAUGGAGAAGCUUCUCAAUGGCAACAACUACUCUUCUUCGGCUUUGAUGCAAACACAGCAGCUUCCUGUGACCCAACACCAUAACACACAGAAAUCACUAACUAAUACUAGAGCUCCCUCUACUCUUACAGAUGGAGAUGCCCCAUCAUGCUCAACAUCACCAUCUACUAAUAACUGCCAGAUAUCUCCUCCAAAUCUGAUGAAAAGAAAUCAACCGGUACCAACCACAUUAGGAGGACCUUCGGUAGUGGAACCCACCAAUCAUCUGAUACAGGAGCUUCAUAGUAAGUCUGAGAUGCAGAUCAAACAUGAAUUACCCAGUGUAAGAGGACCUGACCAGCUCAAGUAUAAAGGGACAAUUGCUGAUCAGCUGGAAGCUUCUUCUGGAACAUCUUACUGUAUUGAUCCUAAUAAUAUCCCACAGAACUUCUCACUUCCCAACUUCUGCAUGGAUGGAGAUGUCCAAUCACACCCAAGAAACAAUCUUCCAUUUGCCUCUAAUCUUGAUGGAUUAACACCUGAUACUUUGCUCUCAAGAGGGUAUGAUUCUCAAAAAGAUUUUCAAAACUUACUGUCCAAUUAUGGUGGUGCUCCAAGAGACAUUGAAACUGAGCUGUCCACUGCUGCCAUUAGUUCACAGCCAUUUGGGGUGCCAGAUAUGCCUUUUAAGCCUGGAUGCUCUAGUGAUAUUGCCAUCAAUGAUACUGGGGUUUUGAAUAAUGGCUUGUGGGCUAACCAGACUCAACGUAUGCGAACAUAUACUAAGGUUCAAAAAUGUGGCUCUGUCGGAAGAUGUAUCGAUGUCACCCGUUACAAAGGAUACAAUGAACUCCGGCAUGAUUUGGCUCGGAUGUUUGGGAUUGAAGGGCAGCUAGAAGACCCUCAAAGGACUGAGUGGAAACUAGUAUAUGUGGAUCAUGAAAACGACAUUCUUCUGGUUGGUGAUGACCCUUGGGAAGAAUUUGUAAGCUGUGUCCAGAGCAUAAAGAUAUUGUCAUCUGCUGAGGUACAGCAAAUGAGCUUGGAUGGGGAUUUAGGUCAUGUUCCAGUCCCCAAUCAAGCUUGUAGUGGGACAGAUAAUGGCAAUGCAUGGAGGGGACAGUAUGAUGACAACUCCGCCGCGUCGUUUAAUCGAUAAGGAUGUCAUGUAUUGACAUUGGAGCAGUCAACUUGUAUAUUUUGAGACAAGGAGGACUAACUAACCCUUAAAAUUUCUCGUUGGUGCUUCUAUAUAUCACUAGUGGAAAGGAGACAUUCAUUACAGAUGCAGUUGAAGAGGUAGUGUAGAAGUUUAGAUCCCUAGAUGUACCAAGACCAGAUUCCUUCACUAAAAUGAUGCAGAUUCUAUCUUGGGAUCUGCUUUUCUUGUGGCUGGUAAUGCAUGCUUAGGAUUUUUUUUUCUUCUUUCUUUUUGGUAAGGUACAGCCAUAUAGGUCAGCCGGUGUAUAAUAUAGAUGAUUGUUCCUAUAUAAAGAAUGUUUUACUUACAGUUCUGUAAAUCUUUUGGUCAUUAUUCAUUAAAGUUAGAUGAAGUUAGGUAACCAAGUGAUGACGGAGAGAAACAACGAUACAUGCCAAUUCUAGAUUUUGUACAAGUGCCUACAUUGUUUUCAUGAUGAAAAUUACGGUGAAGUUUAUUAUGUAUGAAGAAAACUCGGUUCUUUUU